ACGCUCUGUAGUCACGUGCUCGUAUCCGGAAGUAAAGCGAGGUGAAACACGCGGUGGUGAGUGUCAUUCCGAACCGGGAUCGGGCUGCCAGGAUCAGGUCGUCGAACCGAAGCGGACAAGGGCCUUGGUUUUCGUGUUCGUGGCUGUGACGUCAUGGCGACGGUGGCACGUGCACCCGGUCAGUUUGAUGACGCAGAGGAGGCCAGUGACCAAUCAGAGCGAGCUGUCGGUGACAUCAUCAACCAGCCUGAGUCAGAGCUGCCAGAAAACGAGGAUGAGGAGGAAGAUUAUGAGGAGGACGAGGAGGAGUGGGCGUGGUCUUCAGCUUCUGGUCUCACCAAAAGAUUCAACCGGACCAGCGCCGGCUGUCAGGCCAACAAGCAGAACUUCUCCAGUAAAUCGUUGUCAUCGACUCCGUCCGAUAAAGUUCUGAGGAAAUAUGAACUAAAGAUCAACCUGGAUAAACUGAAUUUUGAUGAUUCUGUGAUCAACAAGGUGACGGCGAUGCAGAGGCAGAAAGACGCCUACACGUACAGGCUCAAAGACAAAUCGGAUCGAGCCACAGUGGAGCAGGUUUUAGAUCCACGAACUCGAAUGAUUCUGUUCAAGAUGCUGAGUCGAGGAAUCAUCUGUGAGAUCAAUGGCUGCAUCAGCACAGGGAAGGAGGCUAAUGUUUAUCACGCCAGCACGUCUGCAGGAGACAGCAGAGCUGUGAAGAUCUACAAGACGUCCAUCUUGCUGUUCAAAGACAGACACAAAUACGUCAGUGGGGAGUUCAGAUUUCGUCAUGGUUAUUGUAAAGGAAACCCCAGGAAGAUGGUGAGAACGUGGGCUGAAAAAGAAAUGAGGAACCUAAUCAGGUUAGAACCUCUUAACUGACACUCUGAGCCCAACAGAACCUCGUCUUAAACCCUAAUCCAACGUUCUAGAACCACGAUUAAUGUAAAAGUGAAACCAACCCAUUGAAAUGUACUAACAUUAAGUAAGAAUGCGCGAUAUA